AUGUCGGGGGCAACAAAAGGAAUAGAUGACCAGGCUGACAACUUGAGAAGUGAGCGAAUUGCUUAUAAUAGAAAGAUAUUAUGUGCAAUGCUUGAGACAGUUGUUCUGGCUGGCCGACAAAAUAUUGCUUUUAGAGGACAUCGAGAUGAUUUGCAGCAUUACUCUUCCACCAAUCCGGGCAAUUUUCAGGCGUUUUUAAAUUACAGAGUUAGUGGUGGUGAUAAGGUUCUUGCCGAUCAUUUUAAGAAUGCAAAGAAGAAUGCCAUGUACCACUCCAAGACUGUUCAAAAUAAGCUUGUCAAGGUCUUUGGUAAACAAAUCGAAAGCCAAAUUAUUUCGGAGAUAAACAGCAGCAAUUCUCCAUUUUACUCGGUUCUUGCAGAUGAGGCAGCUGAUUGUGGUAACAAGGAACAAAUGCCAAUCGUUUUGCAGUAUGUUGACGGUGAUAAAGAAAUCAACGAAAGAUUCAUUAGGUUUUUCAACUAA